UUCCAUAGUUUUUCUUUUUUUUUUUUUCUCCUUUUUUUUUUCCCUCUCUUCUUCUUCUUCAGCACUAUCAUAUCACCAAUCUUCUUUCUUUUUCCUCGUGGACUCGUCUCGAAAAUCGCCAUAGCUCGCUUCGUUUGGUGAUCAAUUGCUUGUUUACUCGUUUGUUAUUAUUAUUAUUAUUUUUUUCAACGGUUUAUGGCUUGAGAAGUUCGACAGGCUUUAAUUGGCGAGCGCGCGGUCUGUGAUUGGUGGAUUUCCUUCUCUUUUUGAUCUCUCUGAAAUUUUCUCUCCGUUAGGGUUGUAAUUCUGUAAAUUCGGAGCUUUUUCUUGAAGGAAUAGACAAUCUUAGGGAUUUUGCUGACCGGUUGGUCGUCCAGAAAGCUUAGCAAGGGAAAAGAAGUUUAGUAGAAUUUUGACGUUUUGUUGCCUGAUAAUGAGAAUUUCUGGUGAAUUCAAAGUAGAUUUAAUGGCUCAGCAGCCAAACAUCAAUUCUAAGUGUGUGGUUGACGAAGCAUAAAUUCCAUCCUUCUAACGAAUCCUAAGGGAGGUAGUUAUGGCCCCAUCAAGAAAAUCAAGGAGUGUGAAUAAGCGAUUUUCUUAUGUAAAUGAGGUUUCUUCUUACAAAACUGGUGAGAAUGCUAAUAAAAGUAGGCAGAAGAAGAGGAAGUUGUCUGACAUGCUAGGGCCUCAAUGGAGCGAGCAAGAGCUUGAGCGUUUCUAUGAAGCAUAUCGUAAGCAUGGGAAAGAUUGGAAGAAGGUGGCUACUGUAGUUCGUAACCGGUCUGUGGAGAUGAUAGAGGCCCUUUACACCAUGAAUAGGGCCUACUUAUCUCUUCCAGAGGGCACAGCAUCUGUUGUUGGAUUGAUAGCAAUGAUGACUGAUCACUACUGUGUACUGGGAGGAAGUGACAGUGAACAAGAAAGCAAUGAUGGUACAGGAGCGUCUCAUAAGCCCCAAAAACGUGCAAGGGGACAGUUUCAGAGUAACACCUCUAAAGGAUUAGAUGAGCAUUUUCCAGAUGUUUCACAGUCCCAAUCAGUUGCAUCAAGUAAUGGCUGCCUAUCGUUGUUGAAGAAGAGGCGGUCUGGAAUUAUGCCUCACGCUGUUAGAAAGAGGACCCCACGGGUCCCUGUUUCAUAUUCUGAUAAAGAUAACAGGGAAAGGAAAACUCCACCAUCUAAGCAAAAUUUGAAACACAAUAUAGAUCCAACUGGUGAUGAUGUUGCUCAUGAGAUAGCAAUGGCAUUGACGGAGGCCUCACAAAAAGGUGGUUCUCCCCAAGGUUCCUGGAUAUCUAAUAGAAAAGUAGAAGGUGCUAUGCCAACCUUGUAUCGGAAUGGUGAAAGGAUGUCUGCCAAACCAGAAAAGACUAUCACUAAGCUUUGUUAUGGUGGAGUUGACAAGGGUGGCUGUGAAUUGAGCUUAGGAAGUACAGAAGCUGAUAAACGGGAUUAUGAUAGAAAUGAAAGUUAUUUGAUGGAUAAAGAAGGUGCUGAAGCAGUAGAAUUCCAACAGAAGGGAAAGAGAUACCAUGUAAACAAGCCAGACGUUAAAGACAGUGUAAAUGAUCUUUUGGAUGGCAUAAAAGAAGCUGGUAGUGGCACAGAGGAACAAAAGCUGAGCACUGCCAAGGGAAGGUCAAUUGGAAAAGGUCUUAGAAAGAGAAGUAAAAAAGCACUUUUUGUAAGAGAUGAGGAUUCUCCCUUUGAUGCGUUGAAAACUCUGGCAGAUAUGUCCUUGAUGAUGCCUGAAACACCUACUGACCCUGAGCCAGCUGUACGGGACAAGGGAGAAAAUUUUGAUGUUGCUAUCAGGUCUACACUUAAAGGGAGCCAUUUAGUUCUUGGGGUUGAAGACACUGCUUUCACAUCAUCUAAGCUGGAAAAGGCCAAGGAGGGAACUCACCAUUUUAAUGCUGGAAUCCAGAAAAGAAAACGAAAGUCCUUUCCAUUUAAAAUGUAUAAAAAUGAAGGUCAAACUGAUUCCCAUCUGAGCGACAAUCAGAAGCUUGAGGUGUGUAAUUGUCAACCUAAAACAGCUAUGGACUGGAUAAAGAAAUCGACUAGUAAAGGUAAAAGGUCAUCUCAUAGUUCUCCAAACCUAAAACAAGGGAAGUUGGUGAAGCCAUUAGAGACUACAUCUUCAAGUACCUAUGGUAAAAGUGAAGAAACUGAUUCAAUUUUAUCAAGCAUACAAGUUCCUUCUGCAAACCAGCCACCCACAAAAAUGAGGAAUAGAUGGAAGAAGCAGAUGCAGAAGCCACCUUCAAAGAUAGAUACAAAAACUUCUGAGAAUGUUUUAGAUGACCAGUCUAAAUUACCUGCUUCUUCACUCCAUAACAAAGAAUUAAAUCUUGAGGAAAGACUCAGCAAUUGCCUAUCUUGGUAUCAAGCACAAAGAUGGUCCAUUUUUGAGUGGUUUUAUAGUGCAAUUGAUUACCCAUGGUUUGCAAAAAGAGAGUUUGUGGAAUACCUGAAUCAUGUUGGGCUAGGUCAUGUUCCAAGGUUAACUCGUGUGGAGUGGGGUGUGAUAAGGAGUUCCCUGGGCAAACCACGAAGAUUUUCUGAGCAUUUCUUGAAGGAAGAAAAAGACAAGCUUAAUCAAUACCGGGAGUCCGUUAGAAGGCAUUAUUCUGAACUCCGUGCUGGUACCAGGGAAGGACUUCCAACUGAUUUAGCUCGUCCUUUAUCAGUUGGUCAACGUGUUAUUGCAAUUCAUCCCAGGACAAGAAAGAUUCAGGAUGGAAGUAUAUUAACAGUUGACCAUUCUAGGUGUUAUGUUCAGUUUGACCGGCCAGAUUUGGGGGUUGAAUAUGUCAUGGAUAUUGAUUGCAUGCCUUUAAAUCCACUUGAAAACCUGCCUGCAUCUUUUACAAGGCAAAACUCUGCUGUCGACAGACUUUUGGAGAAUUUAAAGGAGAUAAGGAUUAAUGAACAACUGAAGGAAGGAAAGAGUGAUGACUGUGUGAAGAUUGCCUCAACCGAGAACCAAGAUAACAUUUGCAAAUUAUCAAAGCACUCUGAGGGUUAUUCAUCAAGUUCUGAAUUAGAAGCAAAAGUAGUGCAUGGUGAGGCGACCAAGACACAGAAAGUGGCAAAUUCUCAACCUUCAAUUCUUGCACAAAUCCAAGCAAAAGAAGAUGAUGUACAAGCUCUUUCUGAGUUGACUCGUGCUCUUGACAAAAAGGAAGUUGUCGUAUCUGAGUUGAAGUGCUUGCACGAUGAGCUCAUGGAAAACCAGAAGGAUGGAGACAACUCUCUCAAGGAUUCUGAACCUUUUAAGAAGCAAUAUGCUGCAAUACUCUUAAGAUUAAAUGAAGUCAAUGAACAGGUUUCGUCUGCGUUAUUGUGCUUGAGACAACGCAACACAUAUCAAGGAAGCUCCCAAAAUAUGUUAUUGAAGGCCAUGGGUAGUUUAAAUGACCCUGGCAGCCACUCUAGCUCUUGUGUUUGUUCUACCUGUCGCAUCCACGAACCUGGAUCUAAUGUAGCGGAGAUCGUGGAGAGUUCAAGAAUAAGAGCCCAAAAAAUGGUUGACAUAGCCAUGCAGGCACUAUCAUCUUUAAAAAUGAUGGAAAAUGGCCCUCGGAGAAUUGAGGAGGCUAUAGACUUUAUAAAUAAGCGGCUUUCGGAAGAGGAUUUUGGCAUGCUAACCUGUAGGCCCUGUACAGACUCAUUUGUAGCUUCUCCAGAUCAAUUAACUGCUGGGACAUCAAAACCAUCAUCAACCAGGGAUCCACCUGAUCCUGCAUCGACCACUUCAUCCAAUAAAAAUGAGACAAAAUUCCUUUCAGAGCUUAUUGCACACUGUAUAGCUACUUUGCUAAUGAUUCAGAAAUGUACAGAGCGACAGUUUCCACCAGCCGAUGUGGCCCGAGUACUAGAUUCUGCUGUUACGAGUUUGCAGCCAUUUUGUUCACAAAACGUUCCAGUUUAUGCGGAGAUACAGAAAUGCAUGGGUAUUCUUAGGAAUCAGAUAUUGGCACUUGUACCUACAUAAUUCCAUACUCUUUAUCUCUCUAUCUUUGUUUGUAGAUCUGCAUGCUUCUGCAGAUUUUAACCUCACCUUUUGUAUGUGAUGUGCAGUGUUGUGCCUUCUUUUUAUUUUUAUAUAAUAUAUUCAAUUAAUGUACAA